UAACCAUAGUAACUGUAGUGGUGAGUAAGUAGGGUAAGUCUUUCUUUCGUGAAUAUAUGUAUAUAUUGUUAUUUGAACACCGACAUUAUAUCUAUGGCAAUAUUCAUUAAAUGCUUCGUAUUUCAAGUUAAAAAUGAAUCCGGUUGUUGAGAUAUUUUGUGUUGAAGAUGUUUACGACUUAGCGGCUGAGAUUGGAAAAGAAUUCGAGAAUAUAAUUGAUGUUUAUGGUGUUGAAGUUGUUACUAAUUUGAUGCCCAAAGUCCUCUGUGCUUUAGAACAGCUGGAAUGCUGUGCAGUUAGAAACGAUCGUGUGGAUUUAGAAGUAUCAGAUCUUAAUUCAACUAUUGCCCAACUUCAGUAUGAAAAAGUUGAAAAGCAAGAGUCUAAAAGCAAAUUAGAAAAGGAGCUUGAACAGAUAGAAGAUAUUUGGAGAGAAGAAACUAACAAGCUAAGUGAACUUGUUUCAAAGCUUAAGGAGGAAAAUUUUCAGUUAAGCAGUUCACUAAAGGAAAAAGAGAGCUUUCUAUCUGAAAAAUCAUCUGCUAGCAUAUCUGAGCAAGAACUGAAGGUGUCACAGAAACUGAAGGAAAUUGUGGACAGACAGAGAGAGCAAAUUGAUCAGAAAAACAGAGAACUUAAUCAAAAAAGUAAUGAUAUUGAUGCUAUCCAGCAACAGGUUCAAAAGCUGGUGCAUUUAAAUAAGGACUUACGAAGGAAACAGAAACAUCAACAGCAUCAGAUGAGAGCCAUUGUUGAAGAAAAAGCAGAAUUGCAAGUGUGCCUUGAAGAUUGCCAGAGGGAGAUUCAGCAGUUACAUGAUCAACUGGGGAUAGCAAUGAAAGAAAACCUCGAACUGGCACAAGCUGAAGGUGAACUAGUGCCAGAUUUGAGAGGAAAGAUGGUGAUAGACUUAGAUGACCCUGCCAGACCACGGUUUACAAUAGCCGACUUGAAAAAAGUCAUUUUUGAGAAAAAUGAGCUGAAAGCUAAGAUCAGUGAGCUUGAGGAUGAGUUGAAAUUAUACAAACCAAGUCUUCCAUCAAGGUCAGACAUUCAAUCAGAUAUUGUACCUCCAAUUGAGGAUCUUCCAGUGCAAGGACCCAUAAACAGAGAACCAGACGAAAAACUUUUCCGAUCAACCAGAACUUCUGGCAUUCAUCGGUUUUUUCGCUUUAUUUUACGGAGCUGAUACCAUCUCUACAGAUCCUUGUUCAAGUUUUCCAUUGUGAACUGGCCUAGUCUUAUCUCAUUUUGCAAGAGGUUUCUUGAUGGUACCGUCUAUGGGCAGAAAAGGACACAAAAAUGAUUAAUUUCACUGGAUAGGUAAUACUAUCCUUUCAUGGCUAGCUCUGUUAGCUGUAUGGAUAACUAAUUAGAUCAUUUAAUGAAAUUACAAGCUUUUUAAACUUGUAGCACUUUAUAUUUUUAACCAAUUUGGAGAUGAUUCUAGUAAGUGUAGCAAUAUUUAAUAAGAACGUUUCAUAGUUUUGUUUAUUCCAAGGUAAAAAAUGUGUGAAACUUUGAAUAAUUUAUGGUAUUGGCUAGUUAAAUAUGAUCUACUUAUGCAAAUUAUAAAACAUUUUACUGAACAUGCUACUGGUUCUCUGAACCAUUCAUCUGUGCAAGGUUUUGGGGGAAGUUUUCUAUGUACUAGAUAAUUAGGAUAUGGACCAUCUGUAUUAUUUCUUGUCACAUGGUUUAAAUGUGGCAUGUUUACUUUAUGAAUACAAAAAAAGGUGGAUUGAAUUACUGGGAAGCAGAAUUCUUUAGAGAAUCUACACUUUUGGAUAAAAAAAAUUCAAUAUAUAAUAUUUUUUAGUUUAAAAUUGCCAAGUUGUUUAGGUCUGAAAGUUGUUCUCAGGAAGAAAGUGGUUUUCAGAAAGUAAACCACCAAAUUUGUGAUACACUUGAAAAUAUAAACAUUUGGAUACUGUGACUGUGUGUGUGUGUGAAACAAAAAUUAUAUCUUGUACAUACAUUUCAGGUGUAAAUUUAAAAGUACAGAAAGGUGCUAUGGUUUCUUACUGCUCUUAAAGAGUUAGAAUAACUGUGUUAUCUUAUCAAGUUCUGGAAAGAAAACUCUUAUUGCAUACAAAUCUUGGAACUGUUGAGUUUGUCACUAGUACAUUAAACAUUUAAUAAUAGUAGGCUUCAUUAUACAAGCUUCAUAAUGCAAAUGUCAGUUAGUAAAAUCUAAAGAAUUAAAUUAUAAAGAAAUUGUUUGGUGUAUGGAUAAGCUUUGCACCAAGCUUUUAUAACUACUUCCAUUAAGAAGCAUAGUAUAGAUAUCUCUCAUGGAAAGAGAGAUACCACAUACCAGUUAAUAAAGUUAUAUUUAUUUAUUUUUUUGAUUCUUUCUACAAUCUGAUUAUUUUCCCAACAUUUAUUGUAAAAAGUUAUCCUGACUGAUUGUUAGUUUUAAGAUGUAUUGCAUACUGAGACAUUAGUUGUAAGCAUUUAGGAAUGAGUAGAGAAUUCUGGCCAGCUAUAAUACAGACUGAUUAACAUACAGAAUGCAUGAUGUAAUUCUUAUCAGCAACCAGUGAAUUUUAUAUGUCACUGUUUUGUUUUUUUAAAAAUGCAAAAUAACUAAAAAAAGUUGGAAACAUUUUCACUGGUUAAGUGGAUUUUAGGGUAGCUUGCAGUUAGUAGUUAUAGUAACUCUAGGUUUUAUUUAAAUUUUAUUAAAAAGGUUUGUCCUCAGUGAGCUUGUCUGGAGUUUAGUUUUAUCAGAUCUUGAAGACCUCUGGCUGAAAAUGUGUUUUUCCAAAUAUACCAAGUUAGGUAAAACUCCCUGAAUCUUCUAAUAUAAUCAUUGAUACUUUUUUUCUCGUACUUUGCUGACAAUUCUGUGACUGGUUGGGUUACAUAGCUUGUCUGGAGUUUAGUUUUAUCAGAUCUUGAAGUUAGGUAAAACUCCCUGAAUCUUCUAAUAUAAUCAUUGAUACUUUUUUUCUCGUACUUUGCUGACAAUUCUGUGACUGGUUGGGUUACAUAACGAAAUUCAUAAGUAAUUUAUUUGGAAAGGUGUGCAAUAUUUUUAGUGGCAUUUAAAAUGCUGUAAUAGUUUGGUAAUGUAGUACUUUACUCAGAAUAAAAAUUGCCAUGAAUGUCGUUCAUGUACUUAUCCUUGUAAGGGUAGGAAAGCAGUUUGUCUGACUUUAUUUUGAUCUGGUUAACAUAAUGUGUGACAAGUAUUAAAAUUUGGAUGAACAUACUUUUUUCCUCCCAUACAAUUUAGUGUUAAAAACAACUUGUUCUUCUCACACUGACAGUGUAUGAUCUUGUUUUCUUUUUCAGCUGUUAUUAUGAACUAUAAUUUAAGGAAAAAGUUAACUGAAAUACAAGAAAAGUGAAAGGCUAUGUGUCUAAUGUAGUUAUUAAUUUUGUUGAAACACGAAGAAAAAGUGACGGGAAUUCAACUUCUACAGUAAAAUAUUGAUGACUUUUGUUAAUUUUAUUUCUGUUUUGAAAUUUAUAUGUAAGUUCGGUAAUUUAAAUGUAUAAGAAAAGUGCCACACAAAAAUCAGCUUGGUGGGCUAAACCUGCUUCUGGUCUGCAGUUUGAGGAAUAGAAUCUUGACAAUUUUAAGUACCCAAAUUGCUCUGUGAUAUUACAUUAUUGUGAUUUUUGAUUGCUUAAAAAGGUUAGUAUAUUGUCACACAAGUUUAUGAAUUAUAUGUAUUAAUAUUUUUAUAGCAGCUAGUAAGUUUUGGUAGUUUAAUGACAAUUUUGCUUUAACUAGUCCACGGCAGGUUGAUAUGAUGGUGCUUGUAUAAACUAACCUUGUUUAAUGUUGAAACAUUUUUUGGCAAUAACCAGUGGUCAAAUGUUCCAAGUUUCUACUGUAUAACUUGCUUAUGUUUUAUUCAAUUAAGAGACCUUGUAUGUAUUUCAAGAAACGUUUUUGACAUUGAGUUUCUUUAAGUACUAAAGAACAAGAGUUGGAUUAUUUUGCAUCUAAAUUUUUUUUAGAUAUAAAACUUCGACCUUAUUUUAUUGUCUUACAUAAUUUUUUUUUCAAUCUUGUCCAUCACAGUGACUAAUGGAUAAGAAUUAAAUAAAAAUACAAUUUUACUCGGUGUUUGUGUUAAUUUACUAUUAAAUGGAACCUUUUCUUGUUAUUGAGCUAAUUUAAACGUACAAGCACACAACACUGAAUCACAUGCAAACAGUUUUCUUUCUUGAAAGAAAAAGGGGGUUAAACUGAUAUUAACCUACAAAUUGGUUUCCCUCUCAGGCUAUUUUUUUUUAUAGUAAAAAUUCCAAAAUUUCAUUUUAUAGCUUCAUUAUGACAUUACUAAAAAUGGUCUUCCAUGAUGGUAUGGUAAAUAACAAUGUUUGGACUUGUGUCUGAGUAUAUACAGCUAAGACUAAUUUGUAAUGACUUUGUACAGUUUUUGCUACAACUAGAACUUGUAUACUCUUUUGUUGCUUUUUCAAUCUCUUUGAUGCAAUAGCUUUUUUUAUUUUAUGUUAUUAGUGAAACAGUUCUAUCCAGUGUUGAUGUUGAGCUUUAGAUUAUAUUGUUAGCUCAACCUGAGUGAUUGUAUAAUUUUGAGGAAAAUAAUUAAUGUUUCAUAUAAUAUAUUUUUUUGAUAAAAAAGUUAGCGCAAAGGAUCACGUAUAGACUGUAAUAGACUUAAAAUAAGACCCAAAACUCGAGGGCUUUCGAUUAGUUGACUAUUCGAAAGCACUCAAGUUUUGAGUCUUAUUUUAAGUCAUAUAAUAUAUGUUAUGUACAGACAUGCAUUAAUAUUUAAGAGUAUCUACAGUAUUUUUUGCAGUAUACUUGUACUAACCAAACCUUUAUCUAACAAAAAUGUGAUGUAGAAUCAGUUAAUUCUUUAACUUCUUUAAAUAUAUUUCAUAUUAUCAGUUUAUUACCUGCCAUAAAAUGUAACCAUAUAUAUUAUAAUUUUCAGUUACUUUCAAGGCUAACCAACUGUAUACUUUGUAGUCUGUAUAUCAAAUUACCUGUAUCAAAUAAUAAAUGUUACCUUGCUA